AUGUCUAAACUGUGCCUAAGUAAGUUCUGUUUUUAUUGGGUAUUUGUAUUAAAAAUUUUUUUUUGUUUUGAAAAAUCAUUUUGAUUUACACAUGGAAUUUAUGGCAAAUAAAAAUUUUGUUUUUCUAUAAUUGGUAUCUCUUAUAACGUAUUUUUUCAGAAAAGACAUCAAAAAGAUCAACAUGUAAGAAACGAUACAAGAUCGAGAAGAAAGUGAGGGAACACAACAAGAAGAUGAAGAAGUUGGCCAAGAAAAGUGAGUUUUAAACGUGAAGAAGUUUAUGUUUUAGACGGCGGAGGAGUUCACAAGAAGAAGGAGAAGAUGAUAUCAGUUCCAAACUCAUGUCCUUUCAAGGAAGAGAUUCUUCAGGAGGCAGAGAGGAAACGUGAACAAAUGAGAGAAGAGAAGUUGGAGAAACGGAAGUUGGCCAAGAUGAAUCAGCAGAAGAAUAAGAACAAAACAAAGAAUACUAAACCCACAUCUAAGUAA